AUGACUGCUCUUUCCACAGCGCCCUCGGAUCUCGCCACAGAGUCCCCGGAGCCGGUUGUCGAGCCAUCCCUCGGCGACCCCUAUCCCCACUACGCCUACCUCCGGCGGCACCGGCCGCUCCACCGCACGGCCCGCGGACGGUGGAUCGUCAGCUGCCAUCGCCUGGCGGUGGCCUUGCUCGAGGAGCCGCGCUGCCAGCACUGGGGGCGUGGGGAGGCUGCCGCCCCUCCCCCGGGGCUGGAGCGUUCCCUCGGGGUGGCGCUGCGGGCCCUCUCGCCAGGCGGCGAGAAGCCCUAUCGCAAGGCCGCUGGCAAGAGCUUCGCCCCCGUCGACGGCUCGGCCCUCGAACAGCGAGCGGAUCGUAUUCUGGGGGGUCUCCGAUCCCGCCCCACCCUGGACCUGGUGGCGGACUUCGCCCACCCUCUCACCGCCGGGGCGAUCUGCUCCCUGCUCGGGGUCUCCGAAUCCGCCCUCGAUCGAUGGUGCGCUCGCCUAGGGCACCUCGAUGGCGGCUAUCUGCGGCUAGUGGGUGAGGAUCCAGCGUUGUCCGGGGACGACGAUGCCUGGCUCCUUGAAUCCCUCGACGACUUGCUCCAGUCCAAGCGUCAGCGACCCGGGAAAGACCUCACCAGUCGCCUAGUGACGGCGGCAGCGGCCUCCGCCGACCGCGGCGCUGGCGAAGAGCCGGCGAGCGAUGGCUUCCUCCGCGACCUGAUACUGCUCCUGCUCUACGCUGGCCACCAGAACAUGGUGAACUUCCUCGCCCUGGCGACCCUCGCCCUGUGCCGUCAUCCCGAGAUCGCCCUGCAGCUGCGCCAGGCCCCCGAGCGUCUGGGCGACGCGGUGCUCGAGCUGAUGCGCUACGACAGCCCGGUGCAAUACCUCCCCCUGGUCGCCCGCGAGCCGGUCACCGUCGAGGGGCAGCGCAUCGAGCCCGGGGAGGAGAUCCUGAUCUGCGUGGGUGCCGCCAACCGGGAUCCCGAGGUCUUCCCGGAUCCGACCGCAUUGAUCUCGACCGGCGCCCCCGGGAGCAGCUGA